UUUUUCUAUCGCGAGACUUUCCCUGUUCAACGUCACCUAGCCACGCAUAGUACUUUGGUGGAGCAGUCUUGUAUGCUUACUAGAAAGAUCGGAAUGCUUGUUACACCGAGCUAAUUUCAUUACAAUAUGGUAAACUAUUUGUUCAGUGACUAGAACAUACAUCAAUUGUAGUUAUUCACCUGUCAAAUAAAGAGGUCUACAGUUUGAGAAGAUGUCGGCGUCGGAAGGAAACAAAAACACGAACACGGAACCAUGGGGCGGUUUUGAUGACAACCUCAUCCAGGGAACAGGCUCUGCGGUGAUCGACAUGGAGAACAUGGACGACACGUCAGGCUCCAGCUUUGAGGACAUGGGGGAGAUGCACCAGCGCAUGAAGGAGGAGGAGGAGGUGGCGCAGGAGGCGGAGGCCACAGAGGAGGACACGGGCGAAGACGGCGAGUUCCUGGGCAUGAAGGGGCUCAAGGGGCAGCUGGGGAGACAGGUGGCCGACGAGGUGUGGAGAGCAGGGAAGCGCCAGGCCUCCAAGGCCUUCAACCUGUACGCCAACAUAGACAUCCUCAGACCCUACUUUGAUGUGGAGCCCAUUCAAGUCCGCAACAGGCUGAUUGAGUCGUUGAUUCCUAUUCGAAUGAUCAACUUCCCUCAGAAAGUGGCGGGGGAGCUGUACGGUCCCAUGAUGCUGGUCUUCACUCUGGUGGCCAUCCUGCUGCACGGCAUGAAGACGUCCGGCACCGUCAUUAGAGAGGGCACCCUCAUGGGCACAGCCAUUGGCACCUGCUUCGGCUACUGGCUCGGCGUGUCGGCAUUCAUCUACUUCCUGGCCUACCUGUGCAACGCCCAGAUCACCAUGCUGCAGAUGCUCUCUCUACUGGGCUACGGACUCUUCAGCCACUGUGUGGUCCUGUUCGUCACCUACAGCGUCCACUUCCACUCCCUGUUCUACCUCCUCUGGCUCAUCAUCGGAGGACUGUCCACGCUGCGCAUGGUGGCGGUGUUGAUCUCUCGCACGGUGGGCCACACCCCGCGCCUCAUCCUGUGCGGAUCCCUGGCUGCCCUCCACAUGCUCUUCCUGCUCUACCUGCACUUCGCCUACCACAACAUCGUAGAGGGUAUCCUGGACACGUUGGAAGGACCCAACUUCCCGCCCAUCCAGAGGGUGGCCAGAGAUCUGCCUGACAUCGUCACGGUGAUGAACGCCACCGUCAAGGGCCUAGCUGCUGGUGCAAUGCACACUCAGUGACCUUGCAUACACAUGCACACACAAACACACACGCACGCACACACACACACAUACACACCUACACACACCAGAGGGAUGGGGGGGGUCAUAUAAAGAUGCUCCCUCUCUGUGACACUUGCGUCUGGCUCCAGGAGAUGCUGCCCAUUAUGAUUCAUGUGUUGCGUUGCUCACAGUCUCAUGCAAACGGAACUGAAGUGACCGGGGCUUGCUGUAGUCCUGCGUUACGCCUCGGGCUCAGGAUGCCUCCCCUACAGGACCUCACCACCAUUGAACCAGAGAUCCAACCCAAACACUACGCCCCCCCCCCCCCCCCCCCCCCUGCCCUGGGAAACGCAUCUUAUUUGGUGUCUGCUGUAUUAAUACUAACAUACCCUCGCAUACAUAACAUCACAAAGGCCACAGGCCAGAAUCCCUCACACACAUAACAUCACAAAGGCCACAGGCCAGAAUCCCUCGCAUACAUAACAUCACAAAGGCCACAGGCCAGAAUCCAUACAAUUCCUCUCAGUGUGGACAUCCUGGACUCAAGAGCACAUGCAUUCCUUGUCUAAACGUUUGCUACGCAUGGAGUGGGGGAUCCAUUUCAUAAUUGUACUUCAUUAAGAUGAAGUAAGGUGUCUUGUGUGUGUUGGGGGCUAUGAGGAUACCAGACCUAAGGCAUUCAGAGAGAGGCGUUAUUUGUUUGUAUGCAUUGUUUCCUUUCCUCCUCCUCUCUCUCCUUUCCUCCUCCUCUCUCUCCUUUUCUCCUCCUUUCUUCCUCUUUUUUUCCGUUUUUCUCCCUCCUCCUCUCUCUUGUCUUUUCUCUCCUACCUCCUCCUCCCCUCUGAAUGGAUGACUUAAGAAGCAGAAGCAGAGCUGACUGUCGGACUGUCUAUCUGCAGUGAUCAGACACCAUCCAGAUGUCCCAACAUGCUUUAUGUUGCUUUGCACCAUCCAGAUAUCCAACAUGCUUUAUGUUGCUUUGCACCAUCCAGAUAUCCAACAUGCUUUAUGUUGCUUUGCACCAUCCAGAUGUCCCAACAUGCUUUAUGUUGCUUUGCACCAUCCAGAUAUCCAACAUGCUUUAUGUUGCUUUGCACCAUGAUGUUACAUGUGUAGUACGCCUUUGUGUUUCAUUGAGCAUAUUUCCUAAUGUGUCUUUGGCCUGGUUCAGUAUGGAUGAUAAUGUGUCUCUGGCCUGGUUCAGUGUGGAUGAUAAUGUGUCUCUGGCCUGGUUCAGUGUGGAUAAUAAUGUGUCUGUUGUUCUAAUGGUUGAAAGGUGCCAUCUGCUCACACAGGGCUACAGCGGAGGGCAAUCUCACACGCUGACCUGUAUUCUCAUGUUAUGAUCUAUUCUCAUGUUAAUGUUUUAAUGUGGAAGACUGUUUUUUUUCCAGAUAGACUGGGGGCAUGCCCUCUCGGUUCUGCUGUCGUGAGCAUUUUAUUUACUUACUUAUUUAUAGGGUCUAUUGUACAGAGAUGAGGAAAUGGAGAACAUGUAAUAAUGAAAUCAAAAAAUAAAUGAUUGCUGAUUUA